UGCAGUACGAUUCUAAACACAGCACCUUUAGGUUGUGUUUUAUUCAUCAACAUCGGUUUUUGCAAUUUCUAUUAUAUAUGUGGACUUAUAAAUGAAAAAUAAAUGUGAAAUAAAUUACUGGUUCGAAUAAUAUAUUUUAUAGUUAAAUUUCGUGUGUGUUGUGCUGUGUUAAUAAAGUGUGUUUUUAAAUAAUCAAUUUUUGACGUUCUCGCAUAGGAUAUAUACAUAACAGGAUUUACCUACAAACAAUGAGAUACACAAAAAUUUUCAGGUACUGCUUGGAUCAAUUAGGCUAAAAAAAAUUCAAUCAGUGGGGCAGAAUAAUAACCAAUCCAUAUGCCGAAAAAUUGCCGAUACCAAGUUGACGCAGCAGGGUGUCAUUUUGGCAUUGAAGAAGUAGGCGUUCGCCCUGCAUCCACCUCAAUUUGAAUUGAAGCAAUUUGAUACGCGUGCGAAAAAAAUAAUUCAAAAUGACGUCAAGCAACAACACAACGGGCCAAGAAAAUGCGGGGACAGGAGCUAACACCAAGAAAGGCCACAGAAGGCAAGAAUCAAUGUAUGCUAUGACUGGCCUGUACUCCUCGGAUGCUGGCGACUCGGAAUCCGGUGGGGAAGGCAGUUGUUCUGCGCAAAACGGCGACGUAGGCCAGCAAGGUGAUGAAUUAGGUAAUCAAAUGACGGCGACUGCCACGAAUAAUGUGUUGGCAUCCGCGAUCAAAUGCCAUAGUCGCCAACCAUCGGCGAGUAUGGUUGCCCAAGUAGCCGCGAGGGAGAAGGAGAAGUCGCCAAGGACUUUGUUAGUGACGGCCCCUGACGAUACCAGGGAUUGUGGCAUACUAACGUGCAGGCCGGCUGUGAUUCAGAGAUUUGCGGCGGUUAAGGUCUUCGUAUUUCUGCUGUCUUUCCUGGUAACACUACAGCAGGCAUUGAGUUCAGGUUAUAUAAAUUCCGUUAUUACGACGAUCGAAAAACGUUUCGAGAUACCGUCCAGUCUGUCUGGUCUGAUAGCGUCCAGCUAUGAGAUCGGGAACGUCAUUACUGUGAUAUUCGUCAGUUAUCUGGGCAGCAGGAGACAUAUUCCGGUCUGGAUAGCCAUUGGUGCCGUCAUUAUGGGGCUUGGUUCCUUGGUGUUUAUGGUUCCACAUUUUAUUGGUGAGCCAAAUCAAGGAAUAUCGUCGCCCAAUGCUAGCGACGAUAACAUCUGCAAAGGGGUGCCUGUUCGAGAGCAAGACAUGGGAUUAGGUCGCUUGAGUUCGGGCCUUUCUAAUCCGCCACUGGCACCUCACAACACAUUGAGAGAAGAGAAUUGCAUUCGGGGCUCUCCUAGUACAACGGCUCCUGUAUUAUUAUUCGUAGUUGCACAAUUACUAUUAGGUUGUGGCGGUUCGCCUCUAUUCACUCUAGGCACGACUUAUGUGGAUGAUCACGUGAAACCAGAAAGCGCCAGCAUCUACAUUGGUUUCAUGUACAGUAUGGCGGCGUUUGGGCCUGUGCUAGGUUUUCUACUGGGAGCUUAUCUGCUAUCAUUUCAUAUGGAUUCUUUUUCAACAAAUAUAAUAUCGAUUGGCCCCGGCGAUCAUCGAUGGGUUGGAAUGUGGUGGGGUGGCUUCUUGCUGUGUGGUUUCCUCCUGAUAUUGGUUGCCAUACCCUUUUUCUCCUUCCCUAAGGUUUUAACGCGUGAAAAGGAGAAAAUAAAAUUUCUAGAAAAGGCACGUGUUGCUAAUUCUGGAAAUGGGCAAACAACUACGCAGAACAAAACCAUGGACAGCGGUUAUGGAAAGGAUAUCAAAGAUAUUCCAAAUUCUAUGUGGAGAUUAGUGUGUAAUCCCGUGUAUGUUGUCACGUGCUUGGGAGCAUGUAUGGAAUUGAUUAUAGUAUCGGGCUUUGUAGUCUUCUUGCCUAAAUAUUUAGAGACGCAAUUCAGUUUGGGAAAGAGUCAAGCUAGUGUUUUCACAGGCUCAAUAGCUAUACCAGGAGCUUGCAUAGGAAUUUUCAUGGGUGGAUGUUUACUGAAACGAUUAGAACUCAGACCAAAGGGCGCUGUGCAAUUUGUUUUAAUUUCUAAUUUUAUUUGUCUUCUAUGUUAUGGUUUGUUAUUCUUUUUGGGUUGCGAUAAUGUUAAGAUGGCCGGAACUACCAUACCAUAUUAUAACAAUACCGCACCGCUGGAGCCGUUCCGUGUGAAUCUUACUGCGGCUUGCAACUUUGGUUGUGAGUGCCGGAUGACCGACGUAGAACCGGUUUGCGGAAACAAUGGUUUAACUUAUUUUAGCCCUUGUCAUGCAGGAUGCACUGCCUUUUCUUCAAGGUCAAACUACACCAAUUGUGCCUGCAUACACAGCAACCUGACAGCCUUGGCUGCCGGCUUGACUUCGCCUAAUACUGGAGACGAAUUCGCCGAGGUCACUGUAGUACCAGUAGCGACAGCUGGUCCUUGUUCCUCGCCAUGUAGAACUAUAUAUCCAUUCUUAAUUCUGCUUUUCUUCAUGACUUUCAUUGUGGCAGUCACGCAAAUGCCUUUGCUCAUGAUAGUUUUAAGGUCUGUGAGCGAAGAAGAAAGAUCAUUUGCACUUGGUAUGCAAUUCGUAAUUUUUAGAUUGUUCGGCUAUAUCCCUGCUCCAAUAUUAUUUGGAAAUUUAAUUGACUCCACAUGCAUUCUCUGGAAAUCUACAUGUGGCGAAACGGGCGGUCGAUGCUUAUUGUACGAUAUAGAACAAUUCAGAUACAGAUAUGUGGGGUUGUGUGCAGGAAUCAAGAUUGUAGCCCUUGCGAUCUUCAUGUUUGAUUGGUACUUAGUCAGGAGACGCAAGAAUUUAGAUGAAGCCCGACCAGUGACUACUAACGACUUAGUAGGAUCGAUAAUUAGUCUCGAUAAAUUGUUUGAAGAAAAACCUUCCGUGGAUAAUCAAGGUCUACCACCUUACACUCCAGAAAAUAUUUUAAGACCAUCUGAAACCAAAACUCCAUCACAGAAUGUAGAGAGCAAUCAGAAAGUCCUAACUGCCACUAAACAUCUCAGGAAUGAUUCAAAGACAAUACAAUUAGAAUUGCGUCAUCAGCAUCCUGACACGAAUGACUUAGAAGUUGAAAUGACAAUAUUGGAAGAUGGACAAAUGGUUUUGCGUCACCGCAGAGCAAAUUCAAAUGAUUUGAAAAUGGUGACAAACCAUUCUCGAAACAACUCUCGCGAUUUGAGUAAGAUUAAUAUACUUGGCAGGCCUCCUAGAGAUAUCAAGGCUAUAGAUUAUGAAAUGCUAGCUAGUCGUAGACACAGCACAAAAGAUCUAGAAAUGAUGAAGAAUCGUGACAAUGAAUAUAGAAGUAAGAGCACAACGCACUCCAGAAAUAAUUCAAAAGACAUGAGAUUAGAGUUUGACCCCAAACACAGAAGAACCACUUCUCAGCACAUUCAAAUUGAAAACUAUGAUAUGCGGCCCGAAGAAUCACAGUUGAUACCAAAUAUAAACUUUUUAAGUAAUGCAUGAAUAGAAUAAUUUUGUUUUUAAUAAUUUUUGGCCUGAUUUUUUUUAGUUUAAUUUAGCAGAAAUAUUAUUUGCAUUUGAACAUGCUUCUGUGUCUAUGUGGUAUACAUCACAAAUCAAUAUGUGAGUUUUAUGUGUGUACAUAUCUGAACAAGUUUGAACAAUAUGCCAUUUAUUUGAGCCUAGUUUAAUUCACUGUAUUAUAGAAGUGUUCAUAUGUCAAAUGGUUUUUAAUUAUUAUGAUUAGCAAAUAAUCUUUAUUAAUAGAUAUUAUUUUGUUUUGUUUUGAAGUGAUUGUACUUAUUAUUAGUGUAAGGUCUUAGAAUAACGAACUAAAUAUUUAA